GGACUUCCGCUAGAUGGCGCGUCGCCCUCAGCCCUGGCCACCUAUCGUUCAGGUGGGACUGGAACAUAAUUAGGAGAAUUCUUUGACAAAAUCCAUUAAAAGCAAGUGUUUAAAUUAAGCCAGUCAAGUAGAAAAUAGAUUCAUUAAUUGGAUAAAAUUAUGUGGGCAGGGCUGAGAGAUCUAGAUAGACAGUAAUAUUUCACGGAAUACACAAAUCGAGGGAUGUAGAACUUGAAUUCGUCAGUAUAUUUACGGUUUGUUUUUAAAAUGAGAUUGUAUAUUUUGGUAUAUUUCUGAGGGUCGAAAUAAACUAAAACAGACCAGUGCUGCCAGAUUUUGAGAGUCACUAUAAGCUAGAUUAAAGAAAAAAAUUAAGAUAGAAUAAGCUAAAAAUAAAAAAUAGCUUAAAAGUAAGCUAACCAUAAACACACAUCAAAAUAAUGGAUAAUUUAAAUUGAUCGAUAUAUGCUAUGGCCGAGUGCUCAGCAAAGUACAAACAAACCGCAAACAAACCGUAACAAAUAUUACAGUUACAAUAAACAAAUUGUUUUGUACUAAAUGAUUUUUAGCUAAAAUAAGCUAAAUGAACUCUUAAAUAAGCUAGAUUUCCACUAUAAGCAUUUCAAUUAUUUUUCAAGCUAUUUUGUUUUAAAAUAAGCCAAAUCUAGCUUUAAAUAAGCUGAAAUGACAGCCCGGCAAUUUGUUUAGGAAAAUAAUGUUUAAUUUAUUGCUGUGCAGAAGAAGAAACCGCGACUCGAUGUUCUCCAUGUGCAAGCAAACCCACCCCGCCACGUCGGUGGAGUUCGCCAUCUCGUGCCGGUUCUUCAACAACCUCGAGGAGAACCUCGUUGUGGCCGGCGCCAACAUGCUGAAGGUGUACCGCAUCUCGCCAAAUGUGGAGGCGGGGCAGCGCCAGAAGCUCAAUCCCAACGAGAUGCGCAUUGCCCCGAAGAUGCGGCUCGAGUGCCUGGCCACAUACUUUCUCUACGGCAAUGUGAUGUCUCUGCAGUGCGUCUCCCUGGCGGGCGCCAUGCAGGAUGCUCUCCUGGUUAGCUUCAAGGAUGCGAAGCUGUCGGUGCUUCAGCACGACCCGGACACAUACGCCCUAAAGACACUAUCGCUGCACUACUUCGAGGAGGAGGACAUCCGGGGUGGCUGGACGGGUCGCUACUUUGUGCCGGUGGUGCGCGUGGACCCGGACGCCCGCUGUGCUGUCAUGCUGGUCUACGGCAAACGACUGGUGGUGCUGCCCUUCCGCAAGGACAACAGUCUGGACGAGAUCGAGCUGACGGACGUGAAGCCCUUCAAGAAGGCACCCACAGCAAUGGUCUCGAGGACGCCCAUCAUGGCCUCCUACCUGAUAACCCUCAAAGAACUGGACGAGAAGAUUGACAACGUCCUGGAUAUACAGUUCCUGCACGGCUACUACGAGCCUACGCUCCUGAUUCUCUACGAACCGGUGCGCACCUGCUCGGGCCGCAUCAAAGUACGCUCCGACACCUGCGUCUUGGUGGCCAUCUCCCUGAACAUUCAGCAGCGCGUCCAUCCGAUUAUAUGGACAGUGAAUAGUCUGCCCUUCGACUGCUUUCAGGUUUAUCCGAUUCAGAAGCCCAUUGGCGGCUGUCUGGUGAUGACUGUGAAUGCCGUGAUCUACCUCAACCAGAGUGUACCGCCGUAUGGCGUCAGCCUGAACAGCUCGGCGGACAACAGCACCAGCUUCCCCCUCAAGCCCCAGGAUGGUGUGCGGAUCAGCCUGGAUUGCGCCAAUUUCGCCUUCAUUGAUGUGGACAAGCUGGUGAUCUCGCUGCGCACGGGCGAGCUCUAUGUGCUGACUCUUUGCGUGGACUCCAUGCGUACUGUGAGGAAUUUCCACUUUCACAAAGCGGCCGCCAGUGUCCUGACCAGCUGCAUUUGCGUCUGCCACUCGGAGUACAUUUUCCUGGGCUCUCGGUUGGGCAAUUCCCUGUUGCUGCACUUCACCGAAGAGGAUCAGAGCACGGUCAUCACGCUGGAUGUGGAUGCGGAACAACAAGCAGAGCAGCAGGAGGAUCAGGACAUCGAGGAGGUUUACGAUGUGGACCAAAUUGAAUUGGCUGCCCCUCAAGCCAAGUCCCGACGGAUCGAAGACGAGGAACUGGAGGUCUAUGGCUCGGGGGCCAAGGCUUCGGUUCUCCAGCUGCGCAAAUUCAUCUUCGAGGUCUGCGACAGCCUCAUCAAUGUGGCGCCCAUCAAUUACAUGUGCGCCGGCGAGCGCGUGGAGUUCGAGGAGGAUGGGACCACGCUGCGACCGCAUGCGGAGAACCUGCAUGACCUGAAGAUCGAGCUGGUGGCCGCCACGGGGCACAGUAAAAACGGUGCCCUCUCCGUCUUUGUGAACUGCAUCAAUCCGCAGAUCAUCACCAGCUUCGAGCUGGACGGCUGCCUGGACGUGUGGACGGUGUUCGACGAUGCCACAAAGAAGACUUCGCGGCACGAUCAGCACGAUUUCAUGCUGCUCUCGCAGAGGAACUCCACCCUGGUCCUGCAGACCGGGCAGGAGAUCAAUGAGAUUGAGAAUACCGGAUUCACGGUGAAUCAGGCCACCAUAUUUGUGGGCAAUCUCGGCCAGCAGCGGUUCAUUGUUCAGGUUACCACACGCCAUGUGCGUCUGCUGCAGGGCACUCGCCUCAUCCAGAACGUGCCCAUCGAUGUGGGCUCGCCGGUGGUGCAGGUGUCCAUAGCCGAUCCCUAUGUGUGCCUGCGUAUGCUAAACGGCCAGGUGAUCACACUGGCACUGCGCGAGACGCGCGGCUCGCCCCGACUGGCUAUCAACAAGCACACGAUCACCAGCUCGCCCGCCGUCGUGGCCAUCGCUGCGUACAAGGAUCUGUCGGGACUGUUCACGGUCAAGUCGGACGAUGUGCUCAAUCUGACGGGGGGCUCGGGCAGCGGCUUUGGCCACAGCUUCGGGGGCUACAUGAAGGCGGAGCCCAACAUGAAGGUGGAGGAUGAGGAGGACCUGCUGUACGGCGAUGCCGGGAAUGCCUUCAAGAUCAACAGCAUGGCGGUCCUGGCCCAGCAAUCGAAGCAGAAGAACUCGGACUGGUGGCGCCGACUCCUGGUGCAGGCAAAGCCCAGCUACUGGCUGGUGGUCUCCCGCAAGAGUGGAACACUCGAGAUCUACUCGAUGCCAGAUAUGAAGCUCGUCUACCACAUCAAUGAUGUGGGCAACGGGGCAAUGGUCCUCUCGGAUGCCCUGGAGUUCGUUUCGCUCUCAUCCAGCACGCAGGAGAACUCCAAGGUGGGCAUUGUCCAGUCCUGUAUGCCGCAGCACGCCAACUCCCCGCUGCCCCUCGAACUAAGUCUCGUGGGGCUCGGGCUCAAUGGAGAGCGGCCCGUGCUGAUGGUGCGCACCCGCGUGGAGCUGCUCAUCUAUCAGGUGUUCAGGUAUCCCAAGGGCAACCUGAAGAUCCGCUUCCGCAAGCUGGAGCAGCUGAAUCUGCUGGAUCAGCAGCCCUCGCACAUAGAGCUCGAGGAGAACGACGAAGAGGAGGAGCUGGAGUCCUACAACAUGCAACCGAAGUACGUCCAAAAGCUGCGGCCCUUCUCCAACGUUGGAGGUUUGGCUGGGAUCAUGGUCUGUGGCGUGAACCCCUGCUUUGUCUUCCUUACCGCCCGCGGCGAACUCCGCAUCCACCGCCUGCAGGGCAACGGCGACGUCCGCAGCUUCGCUGCCUUCAACAACGUGAACAUACCCAAUGGAUUCCUGUACUUUGACACCACCUUCGAGCUGAAGAUCUCCGUGCUGCCCAGCUACCUGAGCUACGACUCCGUCUGGCCCGUGCGCAAGGUGCCGCUGCGGUGCACGCCCCGUCAGCUGGUGUACCACCGCGAGAAUCGGGUCUACUGCCUGAUCACGCAGACGGAGGAGCCGAUGACCAAGUACUACCGCUUCAACGGGGAGGACAAAGAGCUGUCCGAGGAGAGCCGCGGCGAGCGGUUCAUCUAUCCGAAUGGGUCGCAGUUCGAGAUGGUUCUCAUCUCGCCCGAGACCUGGGAGAUUGUGCCGGACGCCUCCAUUCGCUUCGAGCCGUGGGAGCAUGUGACGGCCUUCAAGAUCGUGAAGCUGUCGUACGAGGGCACGCGAUCGGGUCUCAAGGAGUACCUCUGCAUCGGCACCAACUUCAACUACAGCGAGGACAUCACCAGCCGCGGCAACAUCCACAUCUACGACAUCAUCGAGGUGGUUCCCGAGCCGGGCAAGCCCAUGACCAAGUUCAAGCUAAAAGAGGUCUUCAAGAAGGAGCAGAAGGGCCCCGUCUCGGCCAUAUCGGAUGUGCUGGGCUUCCUGGUCACCGGGCUGGGCCAGAAGAUCUACAUCUGGCAGCUGCGGGACGGCGACCUCAUCGGCGUGGCCUUUAUCGACACCAACAUCUAUGUCCACCAGAUCAUCACCGUCAAGUCCCUGAUCUUCAUAGCGGACGUGUACAAGUCGAUCAGUCUGCUGCGCUUCCAGGAGGAGCACCGCACCCUCUCGCUGGCCUCGCGCGACUUCAAUCCCCUCGAGGUGUACGGCAUCGAGUUUAUGGUGGACAACAGCAAUCUGGGCUUCCUGGUGACGGACGCUGAGCGCAACCUGAUUGUCUACAUGUAUCAGCCGGAGGCCAGGGAAUCUCUCGGCGGCCAGAAGCUCAUCCGCAAGGCAGACUACCAUCUGGGGCAGGUGGUGAAUACCAUGUUCCGGGUGCAAUGCCAUCAGCGGGGCGUGCACCAGCGACAGCCCUUCCUCUACGAGAACAAACACUUUGUCGUCUAUGGCACCUUGGAUGGGGGUCUCGGCUACUGUCUGCCGCUUCCGGAGAAGGUCUAUCGCCGCUUCCUUAUGCUGCAGAACGUCCUGCUCUCGUACCAGGACCACUUGUGCGGCCUCAAUCCCAAAGAGUUCCGCACGCUGAAGUCGUUCAAAAAGCAGGGCCUCAACCCUUCGCGUUGCAUCAUCGAUGGCGACCUGAUCUGGUCCUAUCGCCUGCUCCCCAACUCCGAUCGCAAUGAGGUGGCCAAGAAGAUUGGCACGCGGACCGAGGAGAUUCUGUCAGAUCUGCUGGAGAUCGAACGCCUGUCUGGUGUUUUCUAGAUACGAUAUUUGAUAAUCAUGUCUAAAAUUGUAAAGUUUAGUCCUUAGUCUUAUAUCUAGUUAUGUCACGAGAUUUAUCAGUUUUAAUUCCAGUUUUCGACCCACAUAUAAACCACAAAACAAAGUAUUUUGUUAAGAAUAUUAA